AUGAGGUUACAAGAUCUGCCUGCGGCAGAGCUGGUUUAUAAGAUCGGAAAAAUUGAGUGCGACGGUCACCCUAAUCGCAUAACCAACAUCUCCUGCCACGUGAAGGCCAUCGAUUGGAACAGGGCUGUGGUGAACAUGGACUGUUUUCUGGUCGUGCCAGUACGGAAUCUAGCUGUGCGAUUUCAAGUGUUUAAAAAGGACUAUUCCAACCAGUACAAGACAUUUCUGAUUGAUUCGAGCGCCAACCUAUGCCAAGUGAUUGAACGAAGGAACUAUAGCACUUAUGGCGUCAUCGUGUGGAAGCUCAUGAAGCAGUUUACCACUGUAAACCACUCCUGUCCCUUCUCGGGUCAGAUAAGCACCAGGAACGGGUUCAUGAACACCAGUUUAAUUCCACCUUUUCCCCAGGGCUUCUACCUAUUCAGCUUCUCUUUUACGAACAACAAUAAGUAUGUGGGCACUACCAAGUUCUACCUAGAAGCCAUGGAGAAGGUUAAGACCAAGAAGAGGAUAUAA